UUUUUUUUUCUAGAUUUGAUGCGGAGUCAAAUAUAAUGUCACAAGCAAGCACUCCGGCGAAAAACACAAGCUUUUUCCAGUACUUUAGUGUCGGUCGGUAGGCAUUGAUCAGUAACUCCGUGAUUUUCUCUGUGUCCCGACAGUUUUCAAUGUUCCGCUAUCAGCGCCACGUGUCUGCUGUGAAAUGAGUUUGGACUCUACUAAAGUAGUAAUGGAAGUGUAAAAAACAACAAUCUGAAGAGGGAAAAAUGCUUUGUAGCCGUGAGAUUUUCAAUUUUUUAGUAAGGAGAGAUGUGAAGAAGAUAUUGAAGCGGAAGGACAGCGAUGCUGGUGAAAGCGGAAAAGCCCUAGAGGACUUGCAAGCUUCUCUCUUUAACAAAUUCCACUCAUUUGAAAGUGCAAAGCAUCUACAGCAAGGAAUUUGUGGCCCUGUUGCUGCUCUUACAUUCAAUUUUAUGAUUGCUGUUGGUAUUAUUUUCAUGAACAAAUGGGUACUUAAAAAUGUAGGAUUCCAGUUUCCGGUAUUUCUAACUUUUAUUCACUAUGCUGUCAGCUGGGCAUUGAUGGCCAUUUUGAAUUCUUUUUCUCUCCUCCCAGCAUCUACGCCCUCAAAAUCAACCCCUUUGUCUUUGUUUACUCUUGGUAUUGUUAUGUCUUUAUCUACUGGUCUUGCUAAUGUUAGCCUGAAAUACAACAGUGUGGGAUUUUAUCAGAUGGCUAAGAUUGCUGUCACCCCAUCUAUUGUCCUUGCAGAAUUUAUAUGGUAUAAGAAGAGAGUCACUUUCUCGAAGGUGAUUGCACUAACAAUUGUAUCUAUUGGUGUUGCAAUUGCUACGGUUACUGAUUUACAAUUCAGCCUCUUUGGAGCCUGUGUAGCGAUGGCAUGGAUAAUCCCUAGUGCUGUCAAUAAAAUCCUUUGGUCCAACAUGCAGCAACAAGAGAAUUGGACAGCAUUGUCGUUAAUGUGGAAAACAACUCCAAUCACUUUGCUCUUUCUGGUUUCUAUGAUUCCUUUCCUUGAUCCCCCUGGUGUGCUCGCCUUCCAUUGGAGCUUCAAUAAUACAUCAGCAAUCCUUGUAUCAGCUUUUCUUGGUUUCUUGCUUCAGUGGUCAGGAGCUUUGGUGCUUGGGGCUACAUCUGCUAUUUCCCAUGUGGUUCUUGGGCAAUUCAAAACUUGUGUUCUGCUUCUUGGAAGUUAUUACCUUUUCGGUUCAAAUCCAGGCACAACCAGUAUUUGUGGAGCAUUCAUAGCUAUUGGUGGCAUGUCCUUUUUCACGUACCUGAAUUUACUUUCUAAGAAACAACGGUCCCCUAUGAAAGUUUCCUCCUCUUUGCCAAAGUCCAAGUUGAGUGAAGGCAAUAAUGGGAAGAAACGCGAUGGAUUUGGUGCGGAAAGUGUUUAACAAAAGUAAUUCUCUGCGGAUACUAUUAACCAAAUCCUUUGCAUACAAUUUUUUGGAAUCUAAUCAUUUCAAUGUUCAUAGAGUAAUGGAUUCAAGUUUAGCUCUUAUGCUUUUGCUUAAGAUGUAACAAGUCCUUUGGUAUUAUGUCUAUGGUUCAAUCAUUGUACAUAUAUAUAUAUAUAUAUAUAUUGAUUUAAAUGCUUCCACACUUGGAUAACUCUGUUUAACGAAACUUUUAUGACAUCCAUGAUGUCUGGUAUGUGGAUGCCACAUUAAUGGAGAAAAAAGUAUUGAUAGAUAAAGGUCAGGGGGC